AUGCUGGGGAAGUGGCGAGACCCUGGAUACAGGAAGGAGCAGAGCUCAGGGGGCUACGAUGCUGAGUUCCUCCUCACGGGCCUGGCGCCUAAAAACGCAGGAAUGUACUUCUGUGCCUACAAGAUGACAGGCUCCCAUGAGUGGUCAGAGAAGAGUGAAUACCUGCAGCUGGAGGUCACAGGAGCCGCGCCGACCGUCGGGCCCGCUCCUCCGCCUGCAGACGCCAGGACCGUCUUCGUCUCCACCUUCAGCUGCCUCGCUAUCUUUCUCCUGUUCCCGGCCGUCUUCCUCAUCUACAGGUGCAGUCAGCACGAACUAGCCAUUCCGAAUUUCCCGCGCAGGAGGCCCGCGACUGAAGACCCUCAGGAGGGGACCUGUGUGGAUGGAAACAGCAAGGCGCCGGCGGAGGCGGCUUCUGUCCCUGCCCAGGAGCCCCCGGGACCCGGUGACUGCACCGCGGUGAAAGUGUAG